AUGGAUUACGCGGGCUGUGAAACAGGAAGAGUCUGUGAGGCUGGAAACAGUGGGGAAUGCUGGGGGGAAACGGAACAGAAGGUCCCUGGCGGAGCGACAGCCGGUUCAAACCUACGGCGUCACUUCCAGCUUUUCCAGGAGGCGAAGGGCCCCCGAGAGGCCUGCAGCCAACUCUAUGACCUGUGCCGUCGGUGGCUGAAGCCAGAAAGGCACACGAAGGCUCAGAUGCUGGACUUGGUGAUCCUGCAGCAAUUCCUGACUAUCCUGCCCCCGGGGUUGGGGAGCUGGGUCAGAGAGUGCAGACCGGAGACCAGUUCCCAGGCGGUUGCCCUGGCAGAAGGUUUCCUCCUGAGCCAGGCAGAGGACAAGAAGCAGGUGCAGGGGAUGUUAGCCCAAAAGCCCACCAACUUCCCUGAAGAGGAGAAAAUUCCAUCGGACAUCAAGUGGAGGCCGCCGUUAAAGGAAAUAGUGCAGAAGGGUGACGCCAAUGCUGCCACCUCCCUGGGUAAGGACCAAUGGGACAUAUUUCCACGUGGUCUCAUCUCGAAUGUGCCUGAUGUGGAUCAACACUUGGAGAUCGUGAUGUCACACUGGACUCCUUGUAGGCCUCCUUUUCCUUAUGGUGGUGUGGAUACAGCUUCUGUAGAGCCCAAACAGGGUCCAGUGAUCUUUGAGGAGGUGGCUGUGCAUUUCACAGAUGAGGAGUGGGCCUUGCUGAAUCCAAGCCAGAGGGCUCUGCACAGGGACAUCAUGGAAGAGAUCUUGGAGAAUCUGGCCUCUCUGGGUGGUGGGAAGGAAAGCAGUAAAAAGAGUGAACAGCAGAAAAUGAAAACCAAAGGGAAACAGAAGCAGGGGAACAAAUCUUUUGCUUUCAAAGAGUCUGACUCUCAUGAAAGUCCAAUGCUAGAAGAAAGUUGUGAAGGAAAGAAAAGGAUUAUUAAUAACAGUGAAAAACUUUCGAAAUGUUCCGAGCAUAUAAUGAGCUUCAGUCAGCAGAUACACCUUACUAAUCACCAAAGGAUUCAUACAGGAGAGAAAAUAUAUAAAUGCUCAGCAUGUGGAAAGCAGUUCAGUUGUAGCUCAGGCCUUAAUUUUCACCAAAGAUUUCACACAGGCAAAAAGCCCUAUAACUGCUUAGAGUGUGGGAAUAGUUUCAGUGAUCGCACACAACUUAAAGUGCAUCGAAAGGUUCACACAGGGGAUAAGUCCUAUAAAUGCUCAGCGCACGGAGAGCAGUUCCGUAGUAGUUCAAACAUUAAUUCACAUCAAAGUCUCCACAAAGGUGAGAAGCCCUAUAAAUGCUCAAAGUGUGGAAAGCAAUUCAGUUGUAGUACAUAUCUUAACUUACACCAAAUAAUCCACUUAGGAAAGAAGCCCUAUAAAAGCUCAGUGUGUGGAAAGAAUUUCCAUCAAAGCCUUAAAGCCCAUCACAGAAUCUUAACGGGAGGGCAAAUAUAUAAAUGCUUGGUGUGUAGAAAGCAGUUUAGUUGUAGCUCAGAACUAAACUCACACAAAAGUCUUCACAUACUUGAGAAACCCUAUAAAUGCUUAGAAUGUGGAAAGAGCUUCAGUGGCAGCACAAACCUUAAAGAGCAUCAAAAAGUUCACACACAAGUUAAGUCCUAUAAAUGCACAGAGUGUGGAAAGCAGUUUGGUUCUAGCUCUGACCUUAAUUCACAUCAAAGACUCCAUCCAGGGGAGAAAUGCUAUGAAUGCUCUGUGUGUGGAAAUAAUUUCCAUACCAGAAAAAGCCUUAAAGUGCAUAACAGAACCCACACAGAUGAGAAACCCAAUAAAUGCUUAGAGUGCGGAAAGAGCUUUAGUGAUUGCAAAAGCUAUAAAAUGCAUCACAGAACCCACACAGGCGAGAGGCCCUAUAAAUACUCAGAGUGUGUAAAGCAAUUCAAAUCUGGUUCAGACCUUAACUUGCAACAAAGAUUUCACACAGACAAGGAGCCGUAUAAAUGCUUAGAGUGUUCAAAGAGUUUCAGUGAUAGUACAAAACUUAAAGUUCACCAAAGGGUUCACACAGAGGAUAACUCCUAUAAAUGCUCAGAGUGUGGAAAGCAGUUCAAUUGUAGCUCAGACCUUCAUCUUCACCAGAGAUUUCACACAGGUAAGAAGCUCUAUAAAUGCUUAGAAUGUGGGAAGAAUUUCAGUGAUAGUACAAACUAUAAAGUGCAUAAAAGGGUUCAUAAAGGGGGAAAGACCUACAACUGCUCAGAGUGUGAAAAGAAAUUUAGUUGUAGCUCAGACCUCAAUGUGCAUCAAAGACUCCACACAGAGAAGUCCUAUAAAUGCUCAGAGUGUGGAAAGAGCUUCUGUGACCGCCAAAGCCUUAAAGAACACCAAAGAAUCCACACAGACAAGAAGUCUUACAAAUGCGCAGAGUGUGGAAAGGUCUUUCAAAACAGCCAAAGCCUUAAAACACAUCAAGGGUUCCACACAGGUGAGAGCCCGUUUAAAUGCUCAAAGUGCAAAAGGAUCUUCCAAGACAGCCAAAGCUUUAAAGCACAUCAAAAGGUCCACACAUGCGAGAAGCCUUAUAAAUGCUCAGAAUGUGGUAAGAUCUUCCAAAACAGCCGAAGCCUUAAAACACAUCAAGGGUUCCACACAGGUGAGAGCCCGUUUAAAUGCUCAAAGUGCAAAAGGAUCUUCCAAGACAGCCAAAGCUUUAAAGCACAUCAACAGAUCCACAUGUACGAGAAGCCUUGUAAAUGCUCAGAAUGUGGUAAGAUCUUUCAAGACAGCCGAAGCCUGAAAGCACAUCAAAAGAUCCACACAUACGAGAAGCCCUAUAAAUGUGCAGAAUGUGGAAAGAUCUGUGAUAUGCAAAGCCUUAAAGCACAUCAGAGAAUCCACACAGACAAAUCCUAUAAAUGCUUAAGUGUGGAAAGAGUUUCCGUGAAAGCCAAAGCCUCAAAGCUUAUCAAAGGAUCCACACAGGCAAGAAGCUCUGUAAAUGUUCAGGGUGUGGAAAGACCUUCCGUGAUCACCAAAGCCUUAAAACAGAUCAAAGAAUCCACACAGAAUGACCUGAGAGGAAAGAGGGAGGGAGAGAACCUCCCGGCUGCAGAGGUGAAAGGGAAAUGGAAGACAAUUGUCCUGAGUCCAUUUGGCUCAGAAGUGAUGAAAGAGAAUCACAUGCCAGAGAAACCUGCCAACCUUCGUCCAGAGCAAUCUGAGAGCUACAUCCAGAGUGGCUCUUACAAACACGCUUACACAUAUAAAGAGCCGUUCCUACAGUACAAGGAGGCAGACUAUGUGCCCCCCUCAGAUCUCCACAGGGAAGACCCCAAAAUCAAAUGA